AUGGCAGAUCCAUACGGCACUUACAACUCACACUCAACGUCUGCGCCUAGCGGGUUUGGCUACUACCCUCCUGAGGAUCAGCCCGCACAUGGCCACCACCAGCCAUAUGGGAACCAAGGGUCGUACUACAGCUCUGGAUCAGAGCAACACAACCCCGGAUCAGAGCCUUACCUGCCCUAUCCAAACCCAACCCAACCCUAUUCUCCACAGCAAAGCUCAUACCACCUUGCGCCUAAGCAAUCUGAAUCUGCCAUGGAGAGAAGCUAUACACCGACAGGGCAGCCAGACUAUCUUGGGCCCGUGACCCCGACGGGAUACGAACACGCGCAAGAUAGAAUUCCCGCGAACGCAGAUUACUAG